AUGGAAAUUCGAGCUCUGGAGGAGUACAAUCGGCAUUUGAAGGCGGAAAUGAGAAAAUAUUACCAACUACAAAGUGUAUCACAGAAGCUGCUGGAAGAGGUACGGACUUCCACAAAACGACUCAAAGAUGCCGUCCUCGAAUUCCGGCGAGCUCACAAAGACAUUGAGGAAAAUUUCCGCCAGGAAGAAGACCUCCACGAAGCGGAAUUCUUGAGAAGUCAUCAAUUUUGA